AUGCUUAAAUCCGGGUUCCAGAGCUUCCGCUCCUGUUACUUCUCUAGAGGGUUCGCUUCUUCCCUAUUUCUGUUAAAUGCUACCGGCGCAACUCUGUCUGUACUCAGAGCAUCUCCAAAGGAUCAUCGCAAGGACCCAAAGGUAAUUUUGCAAAGAGUCUCUAGAAAAAAGCAAAGAGCUAAAAGACCUGCCGAUAUGAAUCCUAUUUACAUGGAUAUUCCCCUCGCAAUGAAGUACAUGCGUGCUGCUGAGGUUGGAAACCCUGCAAAGAGAACUACUGUAUCUGUGCAAGUCACUAUAAUCCCAGAAAAGGGUGUUUCUCCAAUACAAGGCCUGGUGGCGCUUCCUAAACCAAUCAAGGACACUUGUGCUCUCGUAUUUACUGAAAACGCACUGCAAGUCGAGAAACUUGCGGCCACUAGUUACUCCUACAAAGUUGGUGGAAACGAUUUAGUGGAACAAAUUAAUCAAGGCUUAUCUCUCGACGGCUUCUCGCACUGCUUUGCCACUCCAGAGGCAUUGUCUAUUCUCAAGCCCAUUCAAAGAACACUUGGUGUCGCCGGUUUGAUGCCAACUGUCAAGAAGGGAACUGUUUCUGAUGAUAUAUUGAGUCUUGUUGAAAAGUCCGCAGGACAAUUAUCCUACAGACUGAAGGGAUACAAUUUAGCGAUCCCUGUUGGUCGUUGUGACUUCACUGACAAAGAGAUCAUUCAAAACAUUAAGGCCAUUGCUGACCACGUUAACGCUAGUCAACCUACUGGAAACAAGAAACACAUUGUGGGAAGAUGCAGUUUGAGUUCAACCAAUGGACCAUCCGUCGUCAUUGAUUUCAAGAACCUUUAA